AUGCGUAAACUCAUCCUGGAUACCAUCGCUGGUCGCAGAGUGUCCUCAAUCGUAGCCUGCAUCCUCGUACUGUUGCUCCUAGAGUACAUCACGUGUCGGUUCAUACUUGCUAGAGUGUCGUACACUGAGAUAGACUGGAAGGCUUACAUGCAGGAGGUUGAGGGUUGGCUGGUCGAUGGCGAUACGAACUACUAUCAUCUCAAGGGUGAUACCGGGCCCUUAGUAUACCCAGCAGCCUUCCUGUACUUGUACGCUAUCCUGAGGUGGAUAGCCGGUGGGGACGGCACGGAUAUCCCGGCGGCUCAGCAGGUUUUUCUCUGGCUCUAUCUGGUCACUGUCGCUAUCGUACUCGUGUGUUUGGCGUAUGCUGGCAGGAAGAAGUCAGUUCCACUAGUCUACUAUGCACUUGUAUGCUUCUCUAGACGGACACAUAGUAUCUUCCUAUUACGCCUUUUCAAUGACGCCUGGUGCGUUGCCCUCGUCCACUUGUCCGUCCUCCUCAUGGUGGUCCUCGGCUAUCGUCGUUUAGGCUGUGUGGUGUACAGCCUGGCAGUUGGUGUUAAGAUGAAUGCCUUUCUCUGGGCCCCGGGCAUAUUCGUCUUCUUAUUGGGUCCGGGAGGACUCACCUGGCAGAGGGCCUUCUCAACCCUGUGCUUCGUCGCUGUCUGGUGUGGGAUCCCGCAGAUUCUCAUUGGCCUCCCCUUCCUCACCACCCAUCCCCUUCCUUAUCUGCACAAGUCCUUCGAGCUCUCCCGAGUUUUUUUCUACAAGUGGACUGUCAACUUCAAGUUUUUGCCAGAAGAUAUCUUCGUGUCUCGUGAACUCGGCAUCUUGUUGCUCAUCACGACAAUCAUGUUGUGGGCUUGGUUCGCUCACCGGCGAUGGCUUCCAACUUGGUUGCUGCAAGAUCCUCUUCUAGUACUCUACAGUAGCAACUUCAUCGGCAUCGCGAUGUCUCGAACGAUUCAUUAUCAGUUCUACUGUUG